AUGUCCUCCGAAGAAGGCCUUUCCGUUAUCAAGGCCACCCCGGAUCAUGUUCCAACCAUCCGAUCCAUGGUCACUGCCGCGUACUCGAAAUACAUCCCUCGAAUGGGCAAGCUCCCUGCUCCUAUGGCCGCAGAUUAUUACGAGCUCUUGAAAACACGAGAGAUAUACGUCCUGGAGCGCCUCGAAGAUCAUGCAAUAAUUGGUUCAGUCGUUCUUCACAGGGACAGCAACACCAACUCAAUCAACAUUAACAAUCUGGUCGUUGACCCCGAGAUACAGAGCAAGGGUUAUGGGAGGCUACUGAUGAACUUCGCUGAGGAUUUGGCAAGAGAAAGAGGCUAUGAGGCGGUUACAUUGUUCACCAAUAUCAAGAUGUAUGAGAAUCUGGCGCUUUAUCCGAAGCUCGGGUUCGUUGAGACAGAUCGGCGGGAGGAGGAUGGGUAUGAGAGAGCGUUCUUUCGAAAAGAGCUGAAUUGA